AUGCCUCAGACCGAUAAGCAAAUAUGCAUUCCCCCGGAGCUGCCGGAAUUGCUGAAGCAAUUUACCAAAGCUGCAAUCCGGACCCAGCCACCAGAUCUCAUCCAGUGGGCUGCGGAUUAUUUUGGGGCUAUGUGCCGCGGAGAGAUUCCUUCAGUGAGAGAGCGGUCUGAGCCAGUCCCUUCGUCUAACUGGGCAGAGCUUACACCUGAGCUGUUGAAGAUCCUGCAUGCGAGGGUUGGGGGCAGACUGAUUGUCCAUGUCGAAGAGCUGGCCCAAAUGUGGAAGGUGCUGAGUCUCCCAACAGAGCUGUUUAAUAGUGUGAUGAAUGUGGGCCGCUUCACGGAGGAGAUUGAGUGGCUGAAGUUUUUAGCCCUUGCUUGCAGCUCUCUUGGUGUUACCAUUUCCAAAACUCUCCAGAUAGCAUGUGAAGUUUUAUCAUGUGACCAUGAUUCUGGACCUGCCCGGAUCCCUUUCAGCACCUUCCAGUUUCUCUACACAUAUAUUGCUGAAGUGGACGGCGAGAUCUCUGCAUCACACGUCAGCCGAAUGCUGAACUACAUUGAACAGGAAGUAAUUGGUCCUGAUGGUUUAAUCAAGGUGGUUGACUUUACUCAAAACCCAAGGGUUCGGCUGGAGUAA